AUGAGCUGGAAUGAUGAUGGCAUAUAUUUGUUUGGAUUAGUCAACAAGGAAAUCAUACCAUCAUCAGAAGAUUGUGCAGGAAUGUUUGAGGAUCUUUAUUGUGUUUUUAAAGAAUUAGAGUAUAAAUUAAAAAAACAGAAGUAG